CCGAGGUCAGCUGAUCACCAGAGAGAGAGAGAGAGAGAGAGAGAGAGAGAGCAGGAGGACAAGAUCACGAACAUCGACCAAGGCUAAUCCUGCGCAAAAAACAACGGGUUAUGUGUUUAUUCAAGUAGAACAAAGCUAACGUUUCAGUCAUUGUUUUUGGGGGAAGCUCAGUAAACAGAAGUCCGCCAUCAUCGACCAAACGACGAGAAGAUGUCUGGAAAAGAGAGGCUCGACGUUUUCCCCUCCAGAAUGGUCCAGACCAUCAUGAAGGCUCGGCUCAAGGGGGCGCAGACCGGCCGCAACCUCCUCAAAAAGAAAUCCGACGCCCUCUCUAUGCGCUUCCGUCAGAUCCUUCGCAAAAUUAUCGAAACUAAGACUAAGAUGGGAGAGGUGAUGAGGGAGGCGGCUUUCUCUUUGGCUGAAGCCAAAUUUGCAGCUGGAGACUUCAGCACAACUAUCAUCCAGAAUGUCAACAAAGCCCAAGUGAAAGUCCGUGCCAAGAGGGACAACGUGGCCGGUGUCACCCUUCCAGUUUUUGAAUUCUACCAAGAAGGCGGGGACAGUUACGAGCUGACUGGUCUGGCCAGAGGAGGAGAGCAGCUGUCCAGGUUGAAGAGGAACUACGCCCGAGCUGUUGAGCUGCUGGUGGAGUUGGCCUCCCUGCAGACAUCUUUUGUCACUCUGGACGAAGCCAUAAAGAUCACCAACCGCCGCGUGAACGCUAUUGAACACGUGAUUAUUCCCCGGAUUGAUCGCACCCUCACCUACAUAAUCACAGAACUGGAUGAGAGAGAACGAGAGGAGUUCUACAGGUUGAAGAAAAUCCAGGAGAAGAAGAAGCAGCUGAGGGAGAGGACAGAGUUGGAGAUCGCCGCCCGUCUGGCUAAACUGGGUCCAAUCGCGGAGCCCACCAACAUGCUGACGGAGGAGACGGACGAGGACAUGCUGUUCGAGUGAACAGCUCUCCGGGCAGACGAGUCCCCGACUUCACAUAAAAUCCUAUUUAUUCUGUGCCUCUAAGGCCACGUUUAUGUCUGCAAGUGAUGAAAGUGGUUUGCUGAGUACUUGUCUGUGAUGAUUUGUUCUAUUGCUUCAGUGUAUUUCCAGAUUUUAUCACUGUAAAGAACCAAAGGGCUGGUUGCCCUCAAGGGGAAUCAGUUCCCUACGUACUGUUCACUAAACAACAUAAACGACAACACUCUUAGAUGCAUACACAUGGUUUGUGAGUGAAGUCAAAGGAGGAUUCGCUGUGAUUAACUUGUAGAUAUUUCCUGCUCCUCAUAAACACCCAAACACCCAUCGCAUGCUGUGGCACUUACGCUGGUUGUAGAUUUCAAAGUGUGUGAGUCUGUGUUGUGGAGUUUUUGUGUUACCUCAUUUGAGGAUGUUUACCAUUGAACCAGAAAACGGCCCUGCUGUAAAGUGCAAGUCAACAAAUCCCAAACGUCAUUCAAAUAAAUAUGUCCAAUCAUC